AUGGCCUCCGUAGCCAUUUUGUUGUUCAUAUUAAUGUUAUUCGCAAAAGAAGGCACAGGUGAAAGCAGCAUUAAGGUGGGGUCUUUGCUCUCUGCUGGAGGCAAUCACAGUUCAUGGGCAUCAAGUUCUGGCCAUUUUGCUUUUGGGUUUUACCAGCAAGGUGAUGGCUAUGCUGUUGGAAUAUGGCUGGUUGGUGCUCAAAACACUAUUAUCUGGACUGCUAACCGUGACAGCCUCCCACUCUGUUCCAAUUCCACCUUGAACCUCACCACAACUGGCCUCUGGCUUUUCCCGAGUCGAAGGGAAGGCCAAGUUCGCAUUUCCAGUAUAGAAACUGACACAGUAACUUCUUCAGCAUCUAUGCUUGAUUCUGGCAACUUUGUGCUCUAUAAUGCGAGUCACACUGUUCUCUGGCAAAGCUUUGAUUAUCCAACUGACACCAUAUUAGGAGGUCAGAAUUUAACUACCUAUUCUAAACUGGUUUCUAGUAAGUCCAAAUCAGACCAUUCCAGUGGACGUUACGUUCUCCGCAUGGAUUAUGUUGAUGAUCACCUCGUGGCUUACCCUGUCAACAGCCCAGCAACUGCUGGUGCUGCUUACUGGGCUUCAAAUGCAAAUAUUGUCCAUAGCCGUCAUAAAGUUUCAGGCUUCUUUUGCUUUGCUGUUGACGUCCCCGAUUUUUAUAGCCGCAGCAUGGAUGGCUACACUGUCCAUAUAUGUUUUAACAAUAGCAUUAGUCCCGGAAAGAAAUCACACAACAUGAGUUCAAUCUACCGUGCAACACUUGAUGUAGACGGGAACUUGAGAUUGUAUGAGCACCAAUUUGAGGGCAAUGGAAGCUCACGUGUCCAAAUACUGUGGAGCACCUCGCUUAAGAAAUGUCAAAUCAAGGGGGUUUGUGGGUUUAACAGUUACUGCUCAAACGUAACAGUAAAAGGCGAUGCCGUGUGUGACUGUUUUCCUGGUUUCGUCCCCUACAACAGCAGCGGUAACCUGACUCUGGACUGCACACUGGCCCACACCGAAGAUGGUUGCCAAAGCAGUGAAAACCAAAACACAACGAAUUUCUAUAAGAUUGUUCCGUUAGAGGAUGUGUAUUGGGAUGAUGAUAGUAAUAAUCCAUAUCUUGUAAAACAGAUGAAGAAGGAAGAGUGCGUGAAGUCUUUCCUGGAAGAUUGUGAUUGCAUGGCAGUGUUAUAUUCAGACGGCAAGUGCAAAAAAUACACACUUCCGCUAACAUAUGUCAUAAGGAAUCAAAGUGCAUCGACCGUGGCUCUCUUCAAGAGGCCUUCAGGAAUUGUCCCAAGUCUAUUUCCAAACAACUCCAAACAUAUGCCUCAGCCUGGGCCUGGGCCUAUGGUGAUUGUGGAUAACAAGAAAAGUCUGAUAAUGAUUCUAGCCUUUGCGUUGGGUUUCAUUUCAUUGAUAUCCUUGGUAUUAGCGGUGUCCAUUUUCUUCACUUAUAAGCGAAAAGCUUAUAGGUAUACAACGUUGUACACAAGUGAGAGUCUGGGAUUUACUGAUGAAUGUUCUUUGCGUUCAUUUUCUUUCGAUGAACUUGAGAAAUCCACUGGAGGCUUCACGGAAGAAAUAGGCAGAGGAUCGUUUGGUGCGGUUUAUAGAGGCACAAUUGGUGUCAGUAACAAAAGUAUCGCUGUCAAGAGGCUGGAGAGAAUUGCUGAUGAAGGGGAGAGGGAAUUCCGAACUGAAAUUACUGCUAUUGCUCGAACACAUCAUAGGAAUUUGGUUAAGCUCAUUGGUUUCUGCAUCAAUGGAUCCAGGAAGCUUCUUGUUUAUGAGUAUGUCAGCAAUGGGUCUCUUGCAAGUCUUCUCUUGAAAAGUGAGAAGAAACUAUCAUGGGGAGAGAGACUAAAAAUCGCAUUGGACGUUGCCAGAGGAGUCUUGUAUCUACAUGAAGAGUGUGAGGUCCGUAUUAUCCACUGCAACAUAAAUCCUCGGAAUAUACUUAUGGAUGAAGCGUGGACUGCAAAGAUCUCUGAUUUUGGAUUGGCAAGGCUUUUAAAGACGGACCAUUCGAUAAUGAAAAAAGAGGAUGAUGGCACAAGCAAGUACUUGGCACCUGAAUGGCAGAAGGAUGCACCGAUAUCAGUAAAAUUUGACAUUUACAGUUUCGGAAUGGUACUAUUGGAGAUCGUGUGCCGCAGACGCAGCAUAGAAAUGAAUGUUUCCUCGGCAGAGGAGAUACUUCUUUCCAGCUGGGUAUAUCAAUGCUUUGCAGCAGGGCAGUUAAAUAAACUUGUGACAGAAGAAGGUGUAGAUUGGAUAUUAUUGGAAAGAAUGGUGAAGGUGGGGUUGUGGUGUGUGCAAGACAAGCCGUCUCUUCGCCCUUCAAUCAAGAAUGUCAUCUUAAUGUUGCAGGGAUUGAAAGAUAUACCAAUUCCUCCCUCUCCAGCUCACCACCCUAAAUAAAUAUCCUUAGGAACAUGUUUUUCCCUUUAUAACUUUUCUUUGUAUUCAAGUUUAGUAUGUGUUUCUUUUUCAUCUUGCACUGUUGUUCUUGU